CUUCAGGUGUAGUCAGUAAAUAAUAUUUUUAUUGAUUGCAAGACAUUGAACGGCAUCUUCUUUAUAUCUUCUAAACACAAUAGAAAUGCUGGCAUUGAGGACAAGUAUAAGGUCGAAGAAGGGGUUGAUAUGAAUAAACUUGAUCAGUUUAAAGUUGAAAAGUUAAGGAAAAAUCUACUAGGUAACUUGCUAUAACAUAUAUAAAUUGACAUUUAACCUUUAGUAAGUAGUUCUUAACCUCCUUGCUUGCAAAAUCGUCUUUUGCAGAUUUUUGGUACUUCCCUCACUGGAAGUACAGGUUCUUUUUAUGUAUUUAAUUUCGUAUAAUAUCUUUUGUCCAUGUUGAUUAAAAUUUGUAGAAAAAUUAAAUAAGAAAGGAUAGUUUUCACAGGAAUAACCUGUAACUGAGACCAUAGCUUGUUAAGAACAUGAUACGUAUGUACUUAAGUGCCUCUACUUGCUUGUGUUGUGACCCGACAGUAACAAAUGAAACACCGCUAUGUUUCGGCUUGGGAUGUGUCAUCCGUCCUACACACGCGAGGGGAAUUUAACCUUUUUGUUUAAUCCUUCAUACUUUUUUUUAAACAACAUGGCAAAGCAACCAAGGUCACCUGCCGAACUUGAGAAAUUGAGCAUUAUACCUGUGGAUCCUAAUAUUUCUAUUCGACUUUAUUUUCGUUCAGCCGAUUUAUUAUUUAAACAAGCACACAUUUAUAAGCUGGAACAUGACUGGGAGCAUGCUUAUGUGCUGUACAUGAAAUUCACCAACUUAGGUAUAAGUGAAUUACCCAAACAUCCAGCUUAUAAGAAUGCAGAGAAUAAGAAAAGCCUGAAGCAAUUGAAUAGAAAUUGCUUGGAGGCCUUGGAGGCUCUAGAGCAGAUGAAGCCAGUAUUAGAGGAAGCAUACGCUUCGCAUGUAAAAAAAAUAGAGCAAGCAGAAGAGGCUAAAAAAGCUUCGUCCAUCUCCAAUCAGACAACACAAUGGCGAUUGCAACAGCGCCCCGUCGAAACCGUUUCUAAAGAUUGGAACUUACAAGACGCUUUAAAGGGUGUUGCUGGGGUGAGAACUGAAUAUAGCGAAGUGACAAAGUCUCCAACCACUGGCACUGGCUAUCAAAAGGCCGAGUAUCCUAGCUUGUCAUUACAUAAUCAGAGUGAUGGAUAUGUUUACCAAGCUCAGCUCCCUACUUCAGUACAAUCUCCACCACAACUUCCACCUAAAAUUCGUCAGCAACCUACAUUACCGCCAAAAAUACCAAUUAACCGAGAUAUCAAUUCACCAGAGUUACCGCCUAAAAUCAAAUUGCAUGAGGAUAAAGAGAUACAUCGAUCAGGACCCACAACAGAUGCUUCGACCGAAAGAGGUGAGCCACUUCGAAAGCUUUUAUUACCGAAGCGAUUACAUGCAAGGUUUGUCGGGAUUGCCGAUCGUAACACUCGUAAUAAGAUUGAGACAUGUGGUAUUUUGGCUGGAACACUGAAAAAUAAUAUAUUAAAGAUCACAACAUUAAUUAUACCCAAACAGACAGGGACUCCAGAUACAUGUACCACAGAGAACGAAGAGGAUUUAUUUGAUAUUCAAGACAAGCACGACUUAUUGACUUUUGGUUGGAUCCAUACACAUCCAACGCAAUCCUGUUUCUUAAGCUCAGUGGAUUUACACACACAUUGUUCUUAUCAACUUAUGCUACCUGAAGCAAUUGCUAUUGUUUGUGCUCCUUCUCAGACACCCAAUUUUGGUAUUUUUAGAUUGACAGAUCCACCAGGACUAGAUAUUAUUAGUAAUUGUAAAGCGACACCGGCUUUUCAUCCUCAUCCUGACUUGCCUAUUUACACUGCUGCUGAAGGGGACGGUCAUGUUGGAAUAGCAGAUUAUGACUUUACUGUCUUGGACCUGCGAGAUAAUAAAUAAAUAACAUUAUAUCGCAACAGUUUUGUCUUACUUUUGGUAAGUCUGUGAUGAUAAAGUUUGGUAUAAUUGAUGGGAGGGGAAAAAAAAAAGUUUGUUUUGUUCUACGUUCCGUAUAAAUUUGAUUGGAAAGCGAAUCUCCCAAGAUAGAAUAUACUUUUCAGUUUAAUUCUUACAAUGGUGAUUGAUUGCGUAAAAAAAAAAUGGCUUUAAAAUGGCUUAUUUAUGCGUAGUUAUCUGCGCAACUGUCUCUCUCUAAAAUAGUUUCCAAACCGUGUGAUAACAACCACAUUAGAUAUUAGUAACAUCUCUUUUUUAAAGUUGUCGAAACGAACACAAGCGCUGGUUACUUUUGUGUUACUUCUUGCUUCAUAGAAAAAAAAAAAAAAAAAAAAAAGAUAAAUUGUCAUGCUUGAC